CGCACAGAGAAUUCCAUCUAAGGGCUGCACUCGGGACUCAGCACAGCCUGCAGGAUGAGCCUGAGCAUGGAGAGCCAGCGACAGUCCUCUUACCGGCGGCGGUUUGGCCCCCAAGCCACCGCUGUCCACCAGCCCCUGAGAUCCUCACCCCUCUUCUGGCUCCUGUCCCCCAGCCCCAGCACCAGAGUCUCCAUGACCAAGAAGAGGACCUCGAGCCUGAGCAUCCGUGCCAGCCCCAGGUUCUCCCAGGACAAGGCAGAUUUCUCCCUGGCCGACGCCCUCAACACCGAGUUCAAGGAGACACGCACCAACGAGAAGGUGGAGAUGAUGGAGCUGAACGACCGCUUCGCCAGCUACAUCGAGAAGGUGCGCUUCCUGGAGCAGCAGAACAAGGUGCUGGUGGCAGAGCUUAACCAGAUCAGAGACAAGGAACCCACCAAGCUGGGCGACAUCUAUCACGAGGAGCUGCGAGAGCUCCGCCGGCAGGUGGACCAGCUGUCUAAUGCCAAGACCAGGCUGGAGAUCGAGAGGGACAACCUGCUGGACGACAUCAACGGCCUCCGGCAAAAGUUACAGGAAGAGACUAAUCUACGGCUUGAAGCCGAAAACAAUUUGUCUUCCUACAGACAGGAUGUUGACAAUGCAGCACUCAUGCGCCUGGACCUGGAGCGGAAAGUCGAGUCCCUGCAGGAGGAGAUCAACUUCCUGAGGAAAGUCCAUGAGGAGGAGCUGAGAGAGAUGCAGGAGCAGCUGGCGCAGCAGCAGGUCCACAUUGAGAUGGACAUGUCAAAACCGGACCUGACGGCUGCGCUGCGGGAGAUCCGCAUUCAGUACGAGUCCAUGGCCUCCAGCAACAUGCACGAGACCGAGGAGUGGUACAAGUCCAAGUUCGCAGACCUGACGGAUGCGGCAGCUCGGAACAUCGAAGCCUUGCGCCUGGCCAAGCAAGAAGCCAAUGAGUACCGGCGCCAGCUCCAGGCACUCACCUGCGACCUGGAGUCCCUGCGGGGAAUGAAUGAAUCCCUGGAGAGGCAGCUGCGGGAGAUGGAGGACCGCUAUGCCACUGAGACAGUCAGUUACCAGGACACCGUCAUCCAGCUGGAGGAGGACAUCCGGAACCUCAAGGAGGAGAUGGCUCGGCACCUCCAGGAAUACCAGGACCUGCUCAACGUCAAGCUGGCCUUGGACAUUGAGAUUACCACCUACCGCAAGCUCCUGGAGGGAGAAGAAAGCAGGAUCACGAUCCCCGUGCAGACCUUCUCCAACCUGCAGAUCCGAGAAACCAGCCUGGAUACCAAGUCAGUGUCUGAGGCUCACCUGAAGAGGAACAUCGUGGUCAAAACUGUGGAGACCAGAGAUGCAGAGGUGACCAAGGAAUCCACCCAGGAGCACAAGGACUAAGGCGGGUGGAGCGCGAGGGUCGGCUAGCCUGUAGCUGUAGAUCACUAGCAGCGUAGAUCCCGCCUGACACUCAGCCCCUCUGAUGUGGAACCAGGAGGGCUCAGCUGCUGCGAGGGACCCACAUGGAGGGAGCGUGUUUCGCUUGCCGGAGAGUGGCGCUAACGAGCCUAACCGAGGAUCUAGAGUAACCAGCGCCCCUUAGAACCGCUGCACACUGUUCCGAGCCCCGUCUCUCCCUCCUGCUGCCCCUGCCCAGUCUCCCGUCUGCCUUGGUCCGCGGCAGUCGUGCCCCUCUGGGAGAGGCCUGCUGAGCUGCUCCAGAGCCUGGUGGUGUUUGAGGCCCUGCUGAGGCUGCCAGAGCUCACCUAGGGAUAGAGCAAUGGAAGGCCCAGCUCAUGCCCACAGAAAGGGCCAAAUCCCUGGCCCGGCGGCUGCAGAGUUUCCACGGCCUGCUGGAGCCAAGGGGUGGGAUUUGGCUGCACCCCACCACCUGCCCCAGAUCUCAAAGCCCCAAGGAUGGCUGAGGCCCUGACCCCGGCUCAGGCACCCCCAGGAGAGGUAGGAGGGGCCCUGAGUGUGAGUCUGCCCAGGGUUAAUGCUGACAGCACCCAUGAUCUGGCCCAGGGAGACCCCCAUGGAGUUGCAAGGGGGGGUGAUGCUGUGGAGAGCAGCUCUCCUUCAGCACAGCCCCUCACGCCCCCCACCAGCCUCUUGGAGAUCAGGCUGAAAGACUUCCAGGGUGGGAGAUGCUGCUGCCCUCCCUGUGAUGGGCUUGGGCCCAAAGGAGCAGGGUUUCUGCUCCCUGGCCCCUGCAAUGGGAUGGUGCAGCAGCACCUGCCGCCCAGUGCACCAGCGGUGAGCCUGGGGGAGGCAAAGGCACUAGGCAGCCGCGCUGCACCGAAGGCCCUGGCUGGCCCAGGAGCUGCAGCUGGGCUAAUGUGGAGGAGAGCUGAUUGGAACUGGAGGCAGGAGCCCUGGACACGGGGGGGGCUGGGCUGGCUGAUGUCCCCCCUUUGUGCUGAGGGCUUAGAACUGAUGUUUCCUGCUCACUGAGCACCAGGCAGAUUAGCCAGAGGAGCUGAGGGGACGGGAGGGACAGAGCCUCACAGGGAAACAGCUCCCUGCUGCUGGCAGGAGGCCACGAAGCCUCUUCAGGCUGCACAGAGGACAUCAGACCCAUCAUGAGGGGAGGGUUGCGGGACGCAGCCUCCUGGCAGCUUCGUGGUUUAAUCCAGGCCUGUUCCCAGACCCCGGGCUGGCCAGCUGCGAGGGGCGUGGGCGGCGGGGCCCUGCCGAGCAGUGAGGCGCAGGUUUGCCCUGCUUGGUGAUGGCGGUGUCCAGCCCUCACUGUCACGGCCCCUCCAAGCGGCACUGCAGAGCCAGGGAGCUGGUGAGCUGACUGUGCCUUGCUUGGCUACAGCCUGGGCCAAGACCAGCCAGGUCAGGGGCUCAGGGGCUCGGGACUGGGUCAGGCGCUCCCUGCCAUUGGCUCCCCUGGGAGCAGAGCAGGCCAUUAGCUCUCCCAUCUGUGUGUGUGUGGGGGGGUAUUUUCCUCCCUCCCAGACAGGCUGAGGGAAGCUCACUGGUGUUUGGGAGGGGGCAGAGCCAUCACAGAGCAGGCCCUACGGCAGGAGGGGCUGGCAGCAUGAGUUAAAGCCCAGGAGGGUCCCUGCGCCCUCCCAGUGCGAAGGGUUUGUUAGCGGGGCCCCUUGUCUCCCGGUUUCCUACGGGGUUGCUCUGAAACGCUCACUCUGUGGAGCAGUGCCAGCAGAGGGUGCCUGGCUCAGGGAGGUACUGCUCUGGCUCGGGAGGGUGGCAGAAUCUGGCUCUAUGUCGAACUCUCUCUAUGGAUUGUUCUCCGUGUGUCCUGAACUGUUGGACAGUGGUGUGUGCCGGUGAACAGCUGCCACCUUCUGCCCCAGAGGUGGCUGCAUUGCAGCCGGGGUGAAUACAGUGCAGGGAUGUGACUAUGGGUGUAGAGCCAGCAAGGUGGCUGAUCUCAACCAGCCAGUGCUUCUUCCCCCAGUUGGACAUUUCUAAUGCAUGUGAAAAUGGAGAGGGUGGAGAGAAAGGGACUGGAGGGUGAGAGAGGAGCCGGAUGGGGCCGGCCUGUCUGGGAGCCCCAUUGUGUGUUCAGGGGCAGGAGAUGCUCCUAGUGACCAUAGCUGCGUUGGGGAGGAAGGGGGCUCCAUUGUCACUCCAGCCCCAGCUGCGCUGCAGCCCCCUAUGGGCCAUGCUCUGCCUGUGAUCUCCAUGCCAACACGCCCCCAGUGCCUGCCACCCUGCAGCCUCACACGGAGAUGGGCAGCGGGAGAGGGGGGCGGCAGCAGGCCCAGAGUUUACAUAUUCUGUGUCCCAUAGGAGCCCAGUCAGCUGGGACUGCCUGGCAAAGACCCUGCCAGCCAUCACACGUGGGCAGCGAAUCCUGCGAGCGCACCCGUGUGUGGGGUGGAAAGGUCAGCCCUGCUCCACUGCCCUGAACCUGCGGGCCUCCGCUAUACACAUAGUUUCCAGCCCAGCCAAUGUGAGCCAGCCACCCCGCAGGGCAGGACGGUCAUAACCCAUCAAAGAGCUGCUCAGAAUGACCUCCCCAGUGCUCAGCCUGCUAGACUGGGCCUGCCCGCUCCUGACCCAGGGCUGCCGUAUCUAGCUGCAUCCCGGUGCUAGGAGCCCUCCGCCCCAUUUCCCUUGUGCAUGGUUGGUUUAGGAGCGAAGAUCUAAUGGCUGCUUCCAGGAGCAGUUAGUGCCAUUCAUCUGCCCCUCCGCUAGCUCCACUGCUCGCAGGCUCUGAGUGCAGGUUAUCACCAUGAAUCCACGCAACCUUGCAGCUCCCCAGAGGCAGGGGCGUAUUAUCAUCCCGUACGUGCAGCUGGGCCAGCUUAGGCAGAGAGAGGUGUGACGUGCCCAAGCUCACCCAGCAAGGCGGUGGCAGAGCCAGCGUAGCCCCUGGCUACCCUAGCUCCCACGCCUGUGCCCUACCCACUAGACAACACUCUCCUUGUAGAGUCUCCACAAGAGCAUUGAGGGGAUGGUGGCACUGACGUGGCCCUGCAAGGCACCUGCAGCAGCUGUGCUGGGCCCUGGAGUGACUCUCCCAGCUGGGUGCCAACCUGUUCAGAAGAGAUCAGAGAUUCUGGGCAGCUCAGGUUUUGGGGAUCUGGGGGAUUUUCAGAGGUGGGUGCCCAGCAUUUCUUAAAACCAGAACCCUUCAAAGUGUCUCCACAUGGGCCCCCAGAAUGGAGCCCUGCCCCAACUCAUUCGUCAUUUAUGGAGCAGGGACCUUUGGCCUCAGAACCUCUGUUUCCAGAGCCCAGACCCUAAUCCAGCCGCAGGGAGGGCCAGGGUCAAACCAGAGACAGAGUCCCCAGAGCUGCAGGAAUUGGCUGCCCUGGGCUGUUCCUGGAAGGCCUGGGGUGUGUGCGGGGCCCAGGUAGGAGGUGGCCUGAGGCGCGCCAGGGAGCAGGUGUGUUGUGUGUCAUUUGCAUAGAACCCUCGCUCUGCGCUCUGCAUUGCGUGGGGCUACUGAAUUCAUACGCUAAUAGCAGCAGCCUGAGUCGAGAAAUAAAGCUAAAGCAAGCA